AUGAAGCCCUACACGGCCAUAAUUCUGGUGUUCGCAGCAGUUGUAGCACAAUGCCCCUCCCAUACCACCGCUGCCGAUCCUAAGGUCAUCAUCGUCGGCGCCGGCAUGUCUGGUAUCUCGGCUGGGAAGAGGCUAUGGGAGGCUGGGAUCACUGACUUUGUUAUCCUUGAGGCGACCGACCGCAUGGGCGGGCGCAUCCAUAAAUCCGAGUUCGCUGGGGUGAAUGUCGAGAUUGGGGCCAACUGGGUGGAGGGUGUGAAUGGCGACGAGAUGAACCCCAUCUGGAACAUGGCGAACGGCACUGGCCUCAACCUCAGGACCUUCCGCUCCGACUUCGACCACCUCGCUAGCAAUACCUACAAGAAAGAUGGUGGUCUUUACGACAAGAAAUUUGUUGAGAAGAUAAUCAAGAGAAUGGAUGAGGUGGAAGAGAGCGGUAGCAAGCUCGCCGGUACCUUGCAGAACAGCGGCCAACAAGACAUGUCCGUCAUGUCCAUGCAACGCCUCACCGGCCAGAUGCCUACCGGUCCAUUCACGCCGAUCGAGAUGGUGGUCGACUACUUCCAACACGACUUCGAGUUCGCAGAGCCGCCGCGGGUGACGAGCCUGCAUAACACACAUCCUCUGUCGACGUUCAACAACUUCGGCAAGGACGUCUACUUCGUAGCCGACCAGCGCGGCUACGAGUCCGUCGUGCACCAUGUUGCCGGGCAGUACCUCGAGACAGAUCCUGAGUCCGGCGACAUCGUCGACCCCAGGCUCAAACUGAACAUGGUGGUGCGUGAGAUCACCUACUCCCACAGCGGUGUCACGGUUAGGACGGACGACGACAAGGUGUACCGGGCAGACUACGUCAUCGUCUCCGCUAGCCUCGGCGUCCUGCAGACAGACCUCAUACGGUUCGAGCCGCAGCUGCCUUCAUGGAAGACCAUGUCAAUCUACCAGUUUGACAUGGCCGUGUACACCAAGAUCUUCCUCAAGUUCCCCAAGAGGUUCUGGCCGGAUGGUCCUGGCACGGAGUUCUUCCUCUAUGCCAGCGGUAGGAGAGGGUACUACCCGGUGUGGCAACAGCUGGAGAUGCAGUACCCAGGGUCCAACGUGUUGCUAGUGACCGUCACCGACGACGAGUCUAGGAGGAUCGAGCAGCAGUCUGAUAAGCAGACUAUGACAGAGGCAGUGGAGGUGCUCAGGAAGAUGUUCCCAGGGAAGGACGUGCCAGAAGCGACCGAGAUACUUGUGCCUAGGUGGUGGUCCAACAGGUUUUUCAAGGGCACCUUUUCAAACUGGCCAAUUGGAGUCAGCCGCUACGAAUUCGACCUCAUCCGGGCUCCGGUUGGGAGGGUUUACUUCACCGGUGAGCACACGAGCGAAAAGUACAAUGGCUAUGUCCAUGGAGCAUAUCUUGCAGGCAUUGACUCUGCUGACAUCUUGAUCAACUGUACCAAGAAAAAGAUGUGCUGCUACAACGUCAAGGGAAAGCAUGACCAAUCCAAAGAGCCAUCUAGGGCUUACGCCGCCGCCGCGCAGCCUUCCGCCGUCGCGCGCCGCAUCUCCGAUCAGCCGCAGCCGCCGCGCCUCCUCGCCCCGCGUCUGCCGCGAUGA